CACCGCCACCCCCCACCCACCGGCGCCGCGGGAAAGCGUACUCAAUCGUACUUCCGAAGUUAUAUUAUACAAAUGAAAUAUUUAUUAUUAUUAUUAUCAUUAUUAUUUAUUAUUAUUAUUUAAUCCUUAGCGUCUUUGAUGACGAGCACCACACCCUUUUUCACUUUCAUGGCGAUUUAACCGAAGCAACUCAGAUUCUCUUUCAACUUCUGGUAUCAACUGCAGGAACUUCUAAAUGAUCUAGUCCUAUCAUCUUGAUUAAAAACAAAGAAUUUUUUUUUGGUUCGAAUAUGUCUAUCCUAACAAAGUUGAGAUGUAUCACUGUGGAUGUUACGGGGACUUUAAUGGCUUACAAGGGUGAACUUGGUGAUUAUUAUUGCAUGGCUGCCAAGUCAGCAGGGUUACCUUGCCCCGACUACAAACGGGUGCAUGAUGGAUUUAAAAUUGCAUACACGGAAAUGGCAAAAAAACACCCGUGUUUCGGGCAUGCUGAGAAAAUUCCCAACAUCGUUUGGUGGAAAACUUGUGUUCGAAAUUCUUUUGUCAAGGCGGGAUAUGAUUUUGAUGAAGAGACGUUUGAGAAAAUAUUCAGGCGCAUAUAUUCUACGUUUGGUUCAUCUGCACCGUACACGGUUUUCGCAGAUUCCCAACCAUUUCUAAGAUGGCUCCGUUCACAAGGUGUGACUGUUGGGAUUGUUAGCAAUGCGGAGUAUAGAUAUCGUGACGUAAUUCUUCCAGCUUUGGGCUUGCAUAAGGGAUCUGAAUGGGACUUUGGUGUUUUCUCCGGCCUCGAAGGUGUGGAGAAGCCCGACCCAAGAAUCUACAAGAUUGCUUUAGAGAGGGCCGGAAAUAUAGCACCCGAAGAAGCUCUGCACAUCGGUGAUAGCAUGCGCAAAGAUUAUGUACCAGCUAAGAGUAUCGGGAUGCAUGCGUUGCUAUUGGAUAGGUUCAAGACUCCUGAUGCUGAGGAUUGGAAGAAAUCCGGUGCUACAGUGUUGCCGGACCUGGUGGCGGCUCAGGAAUGGUUGACUUCAGACCGUCUGUCUGGCUGAUUGAUAUGAUGUUUACUAUUUAGUAGUGCUUUAUUAGAGGCGAUGGUAUUGUAUUGGCACGGGCCAGUAGUUGAUAUAUUUUAUUAAGUCGGUUUAAAUCAUUGUCCUUUGUACUCAUUUAUAUUGAAUCAGAGGAAGCCUUUUCAGCAA